AAAAAUGAUCCCAAGACCUGUAAGCUCAAAAUUCAGGUUUUCCAGAAUCCCAUUAUGAAAGUCAAAAUGAAAGAAAACUGAUAUUAUCAUUGGAUUCGGCAUGGUGCAUAACCUCUAGGUCCUGACUACGUUCAGUUUUGUAUGAGCUGGAGGUUUUUUUCUCUUAUUACAAUUACUCUAAUUGACAAUUAUCUCUCAUUAUUGCUUGUUUUAGGUAAUGAAAAGUAUGGUUCACGUAAACCGACUAUACCGAGAUCAAUUAUGAACGAUAUUGAUGAGCGUGCGAAAACAACAACAGCAUCGAACUUGUAUCGAGAAUUAGUAACAAAUCCUCAAUUAUCGUACUUAAUCAAAAAUAAACAACAAAUAGCAGACAGACGAAAAGCCAUCUUACGAUCCACACGCGUUUCUCGAGAUGAAAUUUUUAACAUUUUUGAAUUACAUUUGAACAAUCCAAUUUAUAUUAAAUAUUACACAUUAGUACCAUAUUUAAACGUCGUCUGUUUAGAUGAUGAAAGCGUACUCAUAUUCAAAAAGUUAUUGAAACAAUCGAAAUCAUUGGUGGUAUUGUCAUAUGAUACUACAUUUCAAUUGACCGACGCUUAUGUUUCCGGAUUAGUUUAUAGAAAUAGCAUGUUUGUCGAUCGUCCAGCAAUACUACUUGGGUGCGUAUUGGUGACUGACGAUGAAACAGCGUUUCAAAAUUCUUUCAGAAAGUUUUUUCCUCAUCUACGAUUGUUUCAAUGUUGGAAUCAUAAAAUGAAAAAUAUACGUCGUUCAAUGUAUAAAGCACACAAAAAGAAACAAGAAAAGAAAAGUGAUGAUAAUGUUGUUGAACUAAUUGUCGAUCCAAUUGUACAAUUAAAUACGAUUAAUGAUGAACAUUUGUCCGAUGCUGAAUCAAGUGAUGAAUUAACAGACGUUGAGGAUGAAAUUGCGGGGGACGAAAUAACAACAACAACAUCAAUCAAAGAAACAUUGACGGAAAAAGCCUCACGCUAUCUGACGUCAAAUCAUUAUUCUCAAAUGAUUCUUUACUUUCAUUUGAAGCUGAAUUGGGUAUUAAGAAAAAACAGUGGGACAAACCGUUUAUUCGUUAUUUCGAUAAUAGAAUUUUACCAAAAAUUGAGCAGUUUAGUAAGUAUGAGUUGUAAAAUGGUGUUUUAA